AUGACUGAGAAAAGUAAAUCGUCAACCUCACAAAAUAAUAAAAUAUGGUGGUUAUCAUUUGGAAUUCUCUGUGGAGCUACGUUUCUCACUCGCUUCUACAAAGUUUUAGAACCAGAUCACGUUUGUUGGGAUGAAACACAUUUUGGCAAAAUGGCAAGUUGGUAUAUAAAUCGAACAUUCUUUUUUGAUGUUCAUCCUCCACUUGGAAAGAUGCUCAUUGCCCUGUCGGGGAAGCUGACAGGAUAUGAUGGAACAUUUCCAUUCGAAAAACCUGGUGAUAAAUAUGACGGAGCUAGAUAUGAGGGGAUGAGAAUUUUUUGUACUACCCUGGGAGCUUUGACAAUUCCACUAACAUUUUUAACAUUGUGGGAAAUGACAAAAUCACUUGACUGUACUUUUAUAGGAACUUUACUUUUAAUUUGUGAUGUUGGAUUCCUAACUCUUAAUAGAUAUAUUUUGCUUGAUCCCAUUCUGUUGUUUUUCAUGAGCUGCUCAAUUUAUGGAGCUUUUAAGGUUCGAUCUCUUACUGACGCCGGCCUUGGGCCAUUCAGCACAAGAAUGAUUUGCUGGCAAUUAUUUUUGGGUGCAUCACUUGCUUGUACCAUGUCUGUUAAGUUUGUCGGUCUGUUCGUUGUUUUGUUUGUUGGUCUUCGAACUAUCGCUGAUUUGUGGAAUAUUUUGGGUGACUUGACGAAACCUGUUACCUUAACAAUGAAACAUCUAAUUGGAAGAAGCAUCACUCUGAUAUUGUGGCCGAUUAUUUUGUAUGUCUUCUUUUUCUGGAUCCACUUAACCGUACUCAGUAAAAGUGGUAAUGGCGAUGGAUUCUACUCAUCUGGUUUUCAAGCACGUUUAGAAGGCAACAGUCUUCACAAUGCGAGUGCUCCAAGAAUUCUAGCAUAUGGAGCAGUCAUUACGUUAAAGAACCAUCGAACUGGUGGAGGUUAUUUACACUCCCACUUUCAUCUAUACCCAGCUGGGGUGGGGGCAAGACAGCAGCAGAUAACGACGUACACGCACAAGGACGACAACAACCGCUUCAUAGUCCGGCCGUACAACCGCGCCAGCGCGGAGGGCGUGCAGGCGGUGCGCGGCGGCGACCUGCUGCGCCUCACGCACGCCGCCACGGGCCGCAACCUGCACUCGCACCGCGAGCGCGCGCCGCUCUCGCACAAGCUGCUGCAGGUCACCGGCUACGGGGAGGAUGGUGUCGGCGACGCAAACGAUGUUUGGAAGGUUAUUAUAUCCGGUGGUAAAGAUGGAGAUGAAAUACAAACUGUUCGCAGCAAGAUUAUGUUCGUGCAUUAUUUACAGGCAUGUGUUCUUACAACAACUGGUAAACAACUGCCGAAAUGGGGAUACGAACAGCAAGAGGUCGCUUGCAAUCCCAAUUUGCGGGACAAAAACGCACUCUGGAAUGGCCUUAAUUUAUUUUUCAUUGCAGUACCAAAAAUCAGUUUCGAAGCUUACGCCUCUGGUUUCUUUGAACGUUUAAUAGAAUCUCAUGCAGUGAUGUUACAAGGGAAUGCCGGUCUUAAACCUAAGGAGGGAGAGGUUACUUCUCAACCCUGGCAGUGGCCAAUUAAUUACAGGGGACAAUUUUUUUCGGGCAGCUCACACAGGAUUUACUUGUUGGGCAAUCCAAUAGUAUGGUGGGCAAAUCUCGCGUUCCUCGCUAUAUUCUUUUUGGUGUUUGUUUUUAACGCUGUGAGAGAAAAACGAGCAAGAGCCCUUGGAAAUUUUUAAGUUCCCACGGCGCCCGCAGACGAACACUCGGGCGUGUUGCUUACCGCGGCGCGCUGGGCCGGCGCGGGCUGGGCGCUGCACUACGUGCCCUUCUGGGCGAUGGGCCGCGUGCUGUACUUCCACCACUACUUCCCCGCCCUCGUCUUCAGCUCCAUGCUCACCGGUAUCUUAACAGUUUAUUUACUGAGAAGUAUAAGAAGUUAUUUAAGCGAAGAACUGGGCAGAGCCGCUUACCAGUGUGUGAUGGGGCUUGUUAUUUCCACGACGGUAUAUAGUUUCUACCUGUUCUCGCCUCUCGCCUACGGUAUGAAUGGACCUUUAGCUCACGAACCAAAUUCAACUAUGAGCGGAUUGAAGUGGCUCGAAUCUUGGGAAUUUUAAGAAUAUGCUACUAAUUAUUAGACACACUCCAGCGAGAAGUACUUUCACAGUGAAAUUAUUAAAUUAAAUUUUAUUAGAACACAUUGUUACCAUCACAACAUUAUAAAGUGUUUCAAGGCUGAAUCCUAAUUUUUUUUAAGAAAGGUGUUACAAGGAUGUUCUGACUUUAUAUAGAAGUAUGUUUUAACACGCCGUUGUUAUUUUGUCAAAUUUAAUAUUUGUCUUAACCUUAUACAUAAGUAAUUGUAACCAUCUAUUUUUUUUUCUAAAUUAUUUUAUUUAUUUAUGGAAUCGGUUCAGACAGUACAUUAGGGAAUAGUCAAUAGAGUAUUCAAAUUAUAUUUAUAUAGAUUGUGCCAAUAAUUCUAUUUUUAGAUAAAUUCUAUUAUAUUGUACUUAAAGAUCUGAUAUAUUUCGUAAACGUUUCCGUCCAUAAUUGUAAGCAAUACUACAAUUAUAAUGUAUGAAAUAUUUGCAAUAAUAUGUUAAUUUAUAAUUUUUUAAAUACAGUUUAUUAUAUAACAAAAAUAAAAAUAUGUAAUUAAAAA